AUGUUUGAGGAACCAGAUACUGUUCUAUUUCAUUGCCAGCAAUGUGAUAGGCGUAUAAGUGGGGCAGAUAAUUUUAAAAAGCAUCUGCAAGUACACGCUGGUGAAAAACCAUUUCAUUGUCAACAUUGUGAGAGGAGUUUUCGCUGGUCAAGCCAUCUAAAAUAUCAUACAUUAACACACACAGAUGUGAAACCUUUUCAAUGCCAACAGUGUGAAAAAGGUUUUCGUCAAUUAUGUCAUCUAAAAAAGCAUACACUAUUACAUUCAGGUGUUAAACCCUUUCAAUGCAAAGAAUGUGAGAUGCGUUUUGUUCAGGCCGAUAAUUUGAAACUGCAUAUGCAAGUACACGCUGGUGAAAAACCAUUUCAAUGUCAACAGUGUGAGAAAAGUUUUUAUCGGUCACAUGAUGUUAAACGGCACAUGCUAGUACAUACAGGUGAAAAACCAUUUUCUUGUCAACAGUGUAUGAAGAGGUUUAGUCAUUUGAGUAAUCUGAAACAUCACAUGCGAACACAUGAGAAACAAUGUAAGAAGAGUUUCAGUCAGUCUGAUAAUCUAAAACUGCAUAUGCGAACACCUAUAGGAGAAAAACCUUUUCAUUGCCAUCAAUGCAAUCGGAGAUUUUGUCGUUUUGGUAAUCUAAAAAACCACAUGCUAUCUCAUGAGAAACAAUGCGAGGAGAGUUCCAGUCAGUCAAGUCACUUACUGACACACUCAACUAAUAAACCAUUAGUGUUCGGACAAAAUGAAUGGAGUCACACAUCUACUUCUGAAGACAACAUGCUGAGUAUUCAAAACGAUAUUUCCACUUCCAAUCAUUUGCUUUCUGGAUUGCCUGUUUUGUUUGAAUCUAAAGACCACAAGCUGAGAAUCCAAAACGAUAUUUCCACUUCCAAUCAUUUGCUUUCUGGAUUGCCUGUUUUGUUUGAAUCUAAAGACCACAAGCUGAGAAUCCAAAACAAUAUUUCCACUUCAAAUCAUUUGCUUUCUGGAUUGUCUGUUUUGUUUGAAUCUUUAAUUGUACCAAACUUGAAACUGCAUAAAAUUCCGUUGAAGUACGAUACACAAAUUGACAAUGUAGACGUGUUCAGAAUUACUUUUUUGUUUUAGAUAAACACUUCAAGGCCAGUUUUCUUAAUACUUAUGUCACUUGCAUGGUAUGAUGGUGGAAAUAUAACAAUAUAAUCUAAUGUUUCUUUUUAGUGUUGAAUACAGUAAUUUCACCAAUUAAUUACUAUUAUUUAUGUCUGUUUGGACAUAGUCAUAAAACACUUCUAUGUGUCCAUGCAUUCAUUCCUAUGUCUCAUACGUGCAUGGGCAGAUUCACUUCACAAAUAAGAAAGAUUAUUAUCCUAGCUUAUGCAUUUGUUUUUUGAUCCAUUUAAAUCUAAAUCUGACCUGCCUUGACAAUAAAUCAUGACAUAUACAUCACAUAUACA